UGGCAAGCUUGUUACCGACUGUCAGAGGAGCCAAGGCACACUAGCAGUCAGAUUCGAACGAGCAUGAAGAAAACACGCGUCUAUUUUGACGCGAUCCACGAUGACACUUGUGUUACCACUGACCUUGCUCCGUAUCAUUCAUCAACAACAAUUAAUAACAAGUUUAUUGAUCCUCAGAGAAGAGAAACUAAGCUAGAUAAUUCGUUUUUUAACCAACACUCUAACUCAUCUUGUUUUUAUUUAAAUGAGUAUCAUCCUAAUUGUAAAAUGCGCGCUUACAGUAAUAAAAAAUACAAUAAGUUGUUUAAUUACUUCAAUUUAAUAACGAUUUUUGGUUUGGUGGUUUUUGGUUUCCAAACAGUAAAUGCUAAGCCAGAGGUAUUCACAAAUGCAUUUUUGGUAAAGAUGAAACAACCUCUUGUUAGACAUCUAGCUGAUCAAGUUGCUCAGCGAAAUGGAUUUGUUAAUUUUGGUCCGGUCUUGGGAAGCCAGACGGAAUAUCAUUUUGUUCAUACUGCUCUGCCACAUGCAAGAACUAAGAGGUCUGUGCCUCACACAAGACGACUUAAGAUAGAUCCCUUGGUACACACGGCAGUACAGCAGAUGGGUUUCAAGCGUGUAAAGCGGGGAUAUCGUCCCUUAAGUGUCGAUAAUCUCGUGCCAUCAUACGAUAGAAAAUUAAUUAAAGAGCAGGCAAGUCAGGACCCGACGGAUCCAUACUUUCAAUACCAGUGGUAUCUUAAAAAUACUGGACAAAAUGGGGGAAAACCGAGACUCGACCUUAACGUAGAAGCAGCCUGGGCUCAGGGUGUUACGGGAAAAAAUGUUACGACUGCUAUUAUGGAUGAUGGUGUCGAUUAUAUGCACCCGGAUUUAAAGUAUAAUUACAAUGCGGAGGCAUCGUAUGACUUUAGUAGCAAUGAUCCUUAUCCAUAUCCUAGAUACACAGAUGAUUGGUUCAAUAGCCACGGAACGAGAUGUGCUGGAGAAGUGGCUGCAGCACGUGACAAUGGAGUUUGCGGAGUUGGAGUGGCGUACGAUUCAAAAGUUGCUGGAAUUCGUAUGCUCGACCAGCCGUACAUGACCGAUUUGAUCGAAGCAAAUAGCAUGGGUCAUGAACCGGAUCUUAUUGAUAUUUACAGCGCCUCUUGGGGACCCACCGACGACGGAAAAACAGUCGAUGGCCCGAGAAAUGCAACGAUGCGAGCCAUCGUCCGUGGAGUUAAUGAAGGUCGGCGAGGAUUAGGAAAUAUUUAUGUGUGGGCUUCAGGUGACGGAGGUGAAGAAGAUGAUUGCAAUUGCGAUGGUUAUGCGGCGAGCAUGUGGACAGUUAGUAUUAAUAGUGCAAUAAACGUUGGCCAAAAUGCUCAUUAUGAUGAGAGCUGCUCGAGUACACUCGCAUCGACAUUCAGCAAUGGAGCUAAGGAUCCGAAUACUGGAGUGGCGACGACAGAUCUUUAUGGAAAAUGCACAACAACCCAUAGUGGGACGUCGGCAGCUGCGCCAGAAGCUGCUGGAGUAUUCGCGUUGGCACUUGAAGCAAAUCCUACUCUCACAUGGAGAGAUAUUCAGCACCUGACGGUGUUAACAUCUAAAAGGAACUCUCUUUUCGAUGCAAAAGGCCGAUUUCACUGGACCAUGAACGGUGUGGGGCUCGAAUUUAAUCAUUUAUUCGGUUACGGCGUCCUCGAUGCCGGCGCUAUGGUCGCUUUGGCUAAAAAAUGGCAGACAGUACCUCCACGGUAUCAUUGUCAAGCUGGAUCUGUUUUGACUAAUUUGAAAGUGACGCAAGAUAAUUCAAUUCUGCUGAAAAUAAAAACAGACGCGUGUGCUGGCACUGAAUCGGCUGUCAACUAUCUUGAACAUGUACAGGCAGUAAUUACAGUAAAUGCUACACGACGGGGUGAUUUAGAGCUCUUUCUAACUUCACCCAUGGCAACUAGAUCAAUGAUUUUAAGUAAAAGAAUAAAUGACGAUGACCAUCGAGAUGGAUUUACUAGGUGGCCAUUUAUGACCACACACACUUGGGGAGAAUAUCCACAAGGAACAUGGAUACUUGAGGUGAGGUUCAAUUCAGACACACCGCAACACGGAUGGAUAAAGGAAUGGACGUUAAUGCUUCAUGGUACAAGUGAGCCGCCCUAUACUGGACUACCCGUCGCCGAUCCACAUUCAAAACUAGCCGUCGUAAAGAAAGCUCAUGAAGAGCGUUCAAGUGCGAUGUAA